UGUCCGCAGGUUUACUCCUACAUGCUCUCAGUCAGCUGUGAGAUUAGUCAGUUCACUCACUGCACUGCCUGCACAUAGACGCAGACUGCUGAGGCACUGGGAAGAAAACAUGAACAACCAGGAUGAGGAAGUGCUGAAGCAGAUUGAGAGGGAGGUGCGAAUGCGGGAGGGGGCCAGUAAACUGCUGGCGGCUUGCUCCCAAAGAGACCAAGCGCUUGAAGCCUCCAAGAGCCUGUUAACCUGCAAUACCCGUAUCCUGGCCUUGCUUAGUCAACUCCAGAGGAUGAGGAAAGCUCAAAUCUUACAAAGAGUGGGAUGCAGGCUAUCUGAUGAUAUUGUACCAUGUAAGGGAAAAGUAGCCCUUUCAGACCUGCGGAUUCCACUCAUGUGGAAAGACUCAGAGUACUUCAAAAACAAAGGAGAGCUACAUCGCUGUGCUGUUUUCUGCCUGCUUCAGUGUGGCAGUGAGAUCUACGACACUGAUCUGGUGAUGGUAGACAGAACGUUAACCGACAUCUGCUUUGAAGACGCCAUUAUAUUUAAUGAUGUAGGUCCAGAGUUUCAGCUUCGUGUAGAGCUGUACAGCACUUGCGUGGUUGAGGAUUUCUCCUUGGGGGCUCUAGGACCCAGGAGAGUCAGCAUGCUUGGGGGAUCUCUGGGAUGCUCCUCUGGGAAAAAGAUCCGUGCUGCGUUCGAGUCUGCAGCUGUUUGUGGAUCCAUUUCCAGCGGAGUUUCAGGACCUGGAAGUGUGUUUCCUCCUUUAUCACCUGACCUGUCUGCACGGGGGCCUAAAUAUAACCUGUUGGCUCAUGCAAUACUGAAACUGGAGAAUGUCCAGGAUGGUUUUAAAACUCAUGAUUUGUCACUAGCAGCAACAGAGGACAGUCCCUUCUGGUUGCCUCUGUAUGGCAGUAUGUGCUGUCGUUUAGUUGCUCAGCCUCUCUGCAUGAUUCAGCCAGUCACAAGUGGGCAACUCAAGGUUAAGCUUGAAGACGACCUUAAUUGCUGGGAAAAUGUCUAUGCUGUCCUCAAGGGGCAAAGUCUUCUCUGCUAUCAGAGUCAAGAAGACCUGGAGUCUGAGGACAAGCCGUUACUUCUAAUCCCAGUCAAAAAGGAUACCAUUGUCUGUGUGUCAGAAAGAGAUAAUGUCGGAUGCCAGACUCUAUACAUCACUACACAGCAAGAAGAGGAUGUAACCUACACGCUUACCACACACACACCUGAAGACAUGCAGUGCUGGACCGAGGCUCUCUGGCAGCACAUCUAUAACAUGAGCCAGUGGAAGCAGUGUUGUGAGGACUUCAUGAAGAUUGAAAUGCCGAGCUCUGGGAAAUCCAUCACAUUGAAGCAGGGAUCGCUAUACCAUGAAAUAGUUACACCCACCUCACCCAGUGCAGGUGUCGUGGCCCCAGAUUUAUCCGCUGAGAUCCGCACUUUGCUCUCUUCCUACUACAAGGAAAGUUAUUGAUGACCCAGCCGCCUCAGCUGCACUGGAGGAGUGAGAAACGCUUCUUAUUCUAUGUAGUUACCACACCUGGCCAAGGAAAUGGACGUGGACUUGAUAAAUGAUGCUGUUUCCAAAUCUGCA